AUGGGAUUUCGGCAUCGAGACUAUCCUGAUCAUGUUUGUCGUUUAACGAAAUCACUUUACGGUCUUAAACAAGCUCCGAGGGCAUGGUACCAACGCUUCACCGAUUUUGUUACUUCUAUGGGGUUCGUACAGAGUCGCUGCGAUAAUUCUCUUUUUACAUAUCAUCACGGGGGUGACAUUGCAUAUCUGUUGAUUUAUGUCGAUGACAUUAUUCUCACCACCUCUUCAGAUUCUCUACGCAUGAAACUCAUGGGCAGCCUCGCGGCUGAAUUUGCAAUGAAAGAUCUUGGACCUCUCAGCUAUUUUUUGGGAAUUACAGUUUCUCGCACUGGUAAUCAAAUGUUUCUCUCUCAACAGGCUUAUGCACUUGACAUUGUCAAUCGUGCAGGUAUGGCUACGUGCAACUCUGUAACAACUCCAGUGGACACCAAACCAAAGCUCGGUACCACCUCUGGUGUUCCUUUCGAUAACCCCACGUUAUAUCGUAGCCUUGCCGGGGCGCUUCAGUACCUCACAUUUACUCGGCCUGACAUCAGUUAUACAGUUCAACAGAUCUGCAUUCACAUGCAUAACCCCAGCUCUGAUCACUGGAACGCUUUAAAACGUAUUAUUCGUUACAUACGAGGCACAGCCAGCUACGGUCUCACCCUCUCGUCAUGUUCUAACAUAUCUCUUCGGGCUUAUACUGAUGCAGACUGGGCUGGGUGUCCGGAUACCCGUCGCUCGACCUCAGGAUACUGUGUUUACAUGGGUCAGAAUCUAUUAUCUUGGUCUUCUAAGCGUCAGUCGACCAUCUCUCGUUCCAGUGCCGAGGCAGAAUAUCGUGCGGUUGCCAACGUUGUUGCUGAAAUUUGUUGGAUCCGCAACCUCCUUCUAGAGUUGCGUCGCCCUGUAUCCACAGCUACCUUAGUAUAUUGUGAUAAUAUCAGUGCUAUUUAUCUCUCCAGCAAUCCUGUCCAACAUCAACGCACCAAACAUAUAGAGAUUGAUAUUCAUUUCGUGCGUGAACAUGUUCAACGAGGUACGAUCAAAAUUCUUCAUACCCCCACUCGUCUUCAGAUUGCUGAUAUCUUUACCAAAGGCUUACCACGGGUCCUAUUUGAUGAUUUCCGCUCCAGUCUCAACAUUCGCCCACCUCUUGCUUCGACUGCGGGGGUGUAA